CAUGAAAAUUGCUAGUUCCGUUACACAAAAUGACACACAUUUUGCAUCUGCUAAUGUUUCAUAUAUUGUACAGCCUCGGUACGGUAAAAUACUAGAAAUGGUUUGUGAAUUUAAGUUUUGGAUUUUAUUGUUAGUAACAAUCAAUGGAGUUUUGAAUUUUGAUGAUGAAAUAGAGAUUAACAAAGGCAAGGCAAGAGUACUAUCGAGGAGAAAGCGGUAUGUGACGUUUCCUGAAGGCUCCAGUUUUUCGUGUGCUGGCUGCAUGACAGUAGGCUUGAUAGGCCAACCAGCGCCAGCGACUGUUCCGGGAACUUUCACAUUUGGUCUGAAUUGGGGUAUUGCGUAUGAACUGCCAAAUGCCACAGAAACCUUGGCAUUGUAUCAUCAGAAAUACAAGUUCAAGAAAGCGAUGACGCAGAGGAGGAGCAGACGGGAUCUCUACCAGAAGCUGGAAAUUAUACUGGAAAAUAUCGGAUACAAGGGCAGGGAUUGCAUACUGAAAACGUUAUGUGAGACCAAACAUCGUAUCGUACCCAAUGGAGGCAAUAUGAUUGAAGAGAUGUUUAGAACCAUAUUCACUUUGCCGAUAACGAAAGUACUUCCAGUGGAACCUUUAGAGCAUACAAUAUAUGACUCUGCACAUCGACUAAGCAAUACACUCGACGACUGUGACAGUUACAAUUGUCCGAUAUCUCUAGUAGAUUGGGCUCAGGGAUAUUACAACGCACCUGCACCGCAAGUGGACGUGUCAAAACAACCCUGGGCGUUAUUCAGCAGUAAUUUUGGUUAAAGCAAACAAUAAACAUUUGAGAGUCCUUUCCUUCCACGUGGACUUGCGCCAACGUUUAUUUUCUUCGCGCACAUCAUUACUAAGCACGCAUAUGCUCACUAGGUAAAUGUGCACUAUCU